AUGGACCGUACAUCAGUGGUUAUCGAUCUCUGUUCCGACUCGGAGGCCGACAGCAGUGACGAUUGUUACAAGAUCGAGCCGUCGCCAGAGGCCACGCCAGUGAAGACACAGCCAAAACAAACGCCUAACGCGACGACGAUCACAGACGCGUUGACUACGUCGACGAAGACGACGAAGGCGAAGAAAACAACAGGGGCGACAGAAACGACAGCGACCCUGUUUACUCUGCCUGCUCCGAUUUUUGCCCGACAUGCCGAACCACCCAGGAAGCGGGCCAAGACCAAGGCCAAGGCAACGGACGACAUGCUCGUGGCGCCACGGCAAAAAGUAAAGGCAGAGACGGAUCCGGCGGAGCGGGGAGAUGGGUGGUCUGGCCACUCCGCCCUCCUCUCCAAGCUCAACGCCGCCCAGCGCCGCGCCGUCACGUCCACGGCCGACACGGUUGCCAUCCUGGCGGGCCCCGGCAGCGGCAAGACCCACACGCUGACGUCGCGCGUCGCGUGGCUCAUCGACCAGGUCGGCCACACGCCGUCGAACGUGAUUGUGGCGACGUUUACGGUCAAGGCGGCGCGCGAGAUGAAGGAGCGCAUUGGCAAGGCGCUGGGCGGGGGGCGCGAGAAGCGCAUUGUGCUAGGCACGUUCCACAGCGUGGCGCUGCGGUACCUGUCGGCGUACGGCACGCGCAUCGGCGUGGCCAAGGGCUUCAGCAUCGUGGACGACCACGACAGCAAGUCCAUCAUCAAGCGCAUCGUCAAGCGGCUCGACGUGACGCUGGACGCGGCCAUGGCGCGCGGGUGGAUCAGCAAGAAAAAGAGCAAAGGGUGCGUGGGAGGGGAUGCCGACGACGAGGCGACGAAGAACAAAAGGACGAAUUUGCAGAAGAUGCAGAAGAACCGCAGCCAGCAGGCACAUGGCGCCGGGGGCUCGGCCGAGGGCAAGGAUUUUGUGGCCGCGCUGCAGACGGUCUACGACGAAUACCAAAAGCACCUGCAGAGCCUCAACCUGCUCGACUACGACGACCUGCUGAUCCGCUGCACCGAGCUGCUGCGGGCGCACCCGGCGUGCGUGGCCAACGUCCAGGCCGUGCUGAUUGACGAGUACCAGGACACCAACGGCGUCCAGUUUGAGCUCAUGAAGCUGUUUGCGCAGGCGCGCCGCCGCAUCACGGUCGUGGGCGACCCGGACCAGAGCAUUUACGGGUGGCGGUCGGCCGAGACGACGAACCUGGCGCGGUUCCUGUCCGACUUCCCGCACACGGCCGAGAUUGCGCUCGAGGAAAACUACCGCUCGUCGCAGUGCAUUCUGAGCACGUCGCUGCAGGUCAUCCGGCAGGACCCGGCGCGCUACGACAAGAGCCUGCUGCCGGUCCAUAAGAAGGGCACGCUGCCGGUUCUGCGCCGCCUGCAGGACGCGAUGCACGAGGCGCAGUGGAUUCUGCAGGAGACGCGGCGGGCGACGCUGCUCACGGGCCACAUGCUGAACCACGGCGACGUGGCCAUUCUGGUGCGGUCGGCGGCGCUGUCGCGGCCGAUUGAGCAGGCGCUCGCGCGCGCGGGCGUGCCGUACCGCAUGAUGGGCGGGCGCAAGUUUUUUGAGCGCGCCGAGGUCAAGCUGCUCGUCGACUAUCUGCGCGUGGUCCACCAGCCGCACAACAACGACGUGCUGGCGCGCAUCAUCAAUGUGCCGCGGCGCGGCGUGGGGCCCAAGACGAUCCAGGGGUGUCUCGAGGAGGCCGAGGCGGGCAGCAUGAGCCUGUGGACGCUGAUCACGAAGCACUGCCGGGGCGACCUGGUCGCCAAGACGGGCAUCACGGCGCCGACAGAGAAGAAGAUGGGGCGCUUUAUCGAUCUGAUCCAGCGGUUGCAAGGCCGACUCAGGGGCACGAUGGAGGAGGCGGAGGGGGCGGAGGGGGCGGAGGAGGGAAGUGAAGGAAAGGGAGCAAAAGAAGGAAAGGCAGGCGGGAAGGGUAGCGACGUCGGCGGCACCAUUUCCGACGCCUUCACGACAACCGAACCCGCAAAGGCAUGCGACCUGGUCCAGCUGAUUGUGGCGCUGACCGAGCAGCUCGACUACCGCACGUACAUUGGCGAGACGUAUGGGGGCGACGACGAGACGCGGUGGGCCAACGUGGACGAGUUCGUGACGCUUGCGCGGGAGUUUAUGAACAACGCGCAGCUGCUGAUGGCCGAGGACGAGCUGCCGACCGUGGACGGCGUCGAGCAGACCAAGGAGACGGACGUGCUCAACAAGUUCCUGGCCAACAUCAGCCUCGCCGCCGACGCCGACAAGACGCAGGAGGGCAGCGACGAGCCGCUGCCGAUGGUGACCAUCUCGACCAUCCACGCAGCCAAGGGCCUGGAGUGGCCUGUGGUGUUCAUCCCGGCCGCCUACGAGGGCUCGCUGCCGCACAGCCGGUCCGAGGACAUUGACGAAGAGCGGCGCCUGCUGUACGUGGCCAUGACGCGGGCCAAGUGUUUGCUGAACAUUAGCUACUCGCUCUUUGGCGCGCCGGACCGCGACAAGGAGCGCGAGGCCCGUCGCAGCGAGCAGAACCUGUCGCCGUUCCUGGCCGACAUUGUCGACGUCUGGUUUGCCGAGCGCGGCCCGACGUACGACCGCGCGCUGCUCGAGGAGAUGGGCGACAUCCUGGGGCGACCGGUGCCCCAAGAGCGCGCCAUCUACCAGGACCUGCCGUCCAACGUGCCGCUGCUGGACGACGUGUUCCCGCUGGACCCGCUGGAGGCCUCGCGCUACCACAACGAGGACGAGGACGGCGGGUACGAGUAUUCGAGCCGGUUCCGCCGGCGGCGGCAGCAGCAGCAGAAGCAGCAGGGCGGGCAGAUGUACGCGGACUGCAAUGACAACAACCAAAACUCGAAGCGGCGGCGGAUGAUGACGGAGAUGCCAAAUUACAGCGGCGGCGAGCAAGGACCCUGGCAGCGCGGCUACACGACAACUAUGGAGGGCGGCGGUUCCAACUUUACAAUGGGCGGCGGUGCCGCAUACCCGGGCUUCACAACCGCGUCGGCACACCAUUCGGCCAUGCUGGAAGCCGAGGCUGCCGAAGCUGCCAAACGGCCACUGCCUGGGCCGUCGACAUCGACAUCGACAACGACCGACAAACGCAAACGGGGUGCUCUACCGACAGGCCAGCAGACCAUUAUGCAGAGCUUUACGCGGAGCCACUCGACCGGUACAGCUGCUGAAACGACAGCAGCAACAGCAGCAACAGCAGCAGCACGACCCCAAACCACUGCACCCGUCAAAGCCGGGUUCCAGCGAUCCUCGAGCAUGUUUGCGAUGCCGCACCAGCACCAGCACCAGUACCACCAACAAGAAAGCCCUGGUCCUGCUGUCCCUGUGGGCAUCCCGGCCGAGCUCAAGAACCGGUCGCUCGGUGGUGUCCGGGGCAACAUGCUGCCGGCCGCGGUUGUUUGUGGUCCCAACGCGAUGGGCCAAGCAGGCGGCAAUGACAAGGACAAGGACUCGGACAAGAACGAGGGCAGGCAGAAGCGGUACGCCCACUUUUCGAGUUCGCCACCACGGGAGGCAGAGCCGACGCUGGAUGAUGGACAGCCGCCGGUCGCUGUUCCAUCGGUUGCGAGUGCGCCUCCGCCACAGCGGCAACAACGGCCACAGCCGUACGGCUACAACCAGCCGCGGCCGUACCGCGCGCCACAGCGGCCGGUGGUUGGUAAGGAGAACCACCAGCUGGGUGCUCUGGUAGGCAAGAGUGGUGGUGGUGGUGGUGGUGGAGGAAGCAGCGGCGGCAUAGCAACGCGUCCAGUGACUUCAUUCCACACGACUACAUAUGCGCAGGUGCAGGCAAACGGCAUUGGGCGAGGAGGUGGAGGAGGUAGAGGAGGCGGAGGAGGCGGAGGAGGUCGGAGAGGCAGCACCCUGGCGCCGAUGGACCGUCUGAGACAGCCGUUUAAGCCGCCAACGAUCCGGCGGCCGCAGUAG